UUAAUCCCUAGCAACCAGUGACAACAACAUGGCGGACUACACACCUGUUUUUGGAUGAAUUUUAGAAAUAUUUUUUUACGUUAAUUUUAUGGGAUAUAUCAAGGUUAAUCACUCAUAAUGGCGAUAUAUAUGCCACCUCUUUGUCGGAAAAAGAGAGUUCUCGAAAGAUAUAAUCCUGAUACAUUCAGAGUAAUCAGUAAACAUGCAGAAGAUGAACACUUAAAGAAUGAUUUUGUAGAAUCUAACAGACCAUCAGAAUGGAGAAAAGUCUGGCUUGAGAAUCAGGGACUAGCCUUACCUGAUAUUUACAAUAGGAAAACUGAGGUCCUUCCACAGGUUGCACCAGAUUAUAGACUAAACAGACCUCAUCCAGGCUCCUGUGGCUUUUUGAGGCAUAAUGUACGUCUGCUAAAUGAGCCAAUAUGCAGUGUAUACACAGAAUUCACUAAAGAAGAGCAGGAUCAAUGGUGGCCCUCUCGUGUCUCAAACGAACCUCUUCAAGUUCCACCAAGAACAGAUGACACCAUAUAUAGAGCUGAUUUUCAAGAUAGGGAAAAGCCAACUGGUUCAGCAUUUGGCUCAUUAAGACACACUUCUAAUCCAAACACAGAGCCUGCUCUUGGAACAGUACCGGUUAACUUUCUAAGACCCAAGAGUGGAAAACAAAGGUUUUUUAAAGAAAAGAUAUCUUAUGAACAUCAGUACAACAGUCGUCACAAUACAAACUAUCCUAUCAGAGGAAAGGUAAUCCGCAUUCCUAGCAAUAACUUUUACUUUUAUAAAAUUAAUUUGUGUUGCCAAAUUGGCAUAGGAUCUAUGACUAUUGUUUUCACUACAAUCUAUUAUCUAUAAUCAUCCUAUUUAUUC